CAGCCCUUCAUCUUUAACCCGUUUAUCAGAUUGUUUCCUCUUGCUCACCUCGAAAUGAAACUCGAUGGAAAGUAGUCCGUGGGUACCCGUCCGAAUUCCACAUUCGCUUCUGGAGAAUGAUCCGCCGUCAGGUUGUUUUAUCCCAGGUUUUGGUCUGCUUUGGGUUGACUGGUCAUUAUGCUGAUGCAGCUCUGUAGUAUCAAGAACUUGUACCAGACUCGCCUUCUAGGCCUAGCGGCCAUGGCCUCUCCGACCCGCAGCAACCAAAGCCGUCAGCGCUGUAAAGAUCGGCACAGCUAUGGCCCAGAUACCUAUGCUGUUAGCGGUCUGAACCAAGAAGCCUUCAUGUUGGGGUUGUCACGGUCAACCAGUGACACUGAUCUGGUCUCCCCAGACACUCGCUCCACCCUCACUGUAAGCUCUUCUCACUAUACCAUAGGCCAGUCUGAAGACCUAGUGAUUGCGUGGGACAUCAAGGAGGAAGUGGAUGCUGGGGACUGGAUUGGAAUGUAUCUUGUUGAUGAGCCUUUAUCCGAGAAUUUUUUGGAUUAUAAGAACAGAGGAAUCAAUGGAUCUCACAAGGGGCAAAUAGUUUGGAAAAUCGACUGCAGUUCUCACUUCAGUGACUCUGAGACAUUGGUCUGCUUCAAGUAUUACCAUGGUGUCACCGGAGCACUGAGGGCAACGACACCCAGUCUAACUAUCAAAAAAGGACCAGUUUCUGUGUUAAAGCCAGUUGUGAGUCCUGAGGUCAACCAAGGAGGAGGCAACAGGAGACUCAUUAACUUUUCACUGUCAGAUCUCCAAGCAGUUGGUUUGAAGAAGGGGAUGUUCUUUAAUCCAGACCCUUACCUCAAGCUUUCCAUUCAGCCUGGAAAGCAUAGCAUUUUCCCUUCGUUGCCACACCAUGGUCAAGAGAAACGCUCUGGUGUUGUUUGCAAUACAGUCAACCCUCAAUGGAAUUCAGAGAGGUUUAACUUUUUAUCGCUACCCACGGAUGUUCUGGAGAUCGAGGUGAAAGACAAGUUUGCCAAGAGUCGGCCUAUCAUCAAGCGCUUCCUAGGGAAGCUUUCUGUGCCUGUCCAGAGGCUCCUGGAAAAACAUGCUAUUGGGGACCGGGUCAUUAGUUAUUCCCUAGGCCGCAGGCUGCCAACAGAUCACGUAUGUGGACAUUUGCAGUUCCGAUUUGAGCUCACCUCCUCAAUUCAUCCAGAUGAUGAGGAAGUUUCGUUGGUCAUAGAAUCAGCUUGCACAGAUGGAAGAGUCAACCUUGAUGCCAACAAUGCUGGUGAUGCACCAGAUGAUGACACGUUAAGCGUAGGACAUGAUAUGCCCGACCUGCCUUUGGAUGUACCCCCUGCCCCUGAGACCCCAAUCCCCCCCACCUUAGCAGCCGAGGAGACUCAAGCUAGUGAGACAAUGGCGCUCGAGGCAUCACCAGAGGUUGUAAUGGAAGAAGAGCAGACAGUGAUAGAGGAACCACAUGCUCCUGAGCCCCAGGUGGAGAGUGGAGAUGAAGAAUUGGUCGACAACACUGUAACAACAGUUGUUGGGGGUGAAUCAGAAGUGGAGCAGCAGGAGGAAGAAGAAGCACAGACAGAAAAAAAUACACAAGCUGAAGAAGGAAUAUCAGUCAGAGAAGAUGACAAGAAGACGCAACCAGAUGUGAUUACUGAAAAUAAUGUGGCAGGGAGUCCAAACGAUGAUAUGACUGCUGAGGGCAAUGACACGUCCCAGGAUUUACUCACUGAAACAACUGAAAUAUCACCGGGAGAAGCGAGCAGCAACGGUCCCUGUGCCUGCAUCUUCUCAAACUACAACUCCCAAGGUCCCCUCCGGCGUAAAACCCGGCCUUGCUCCCUGCCGGUGUCAGAGCUGGAGAAUGUAAUCGCCUCAGCCUGCGGUGAGCCGGAGACGCCUCGAUCCCACUACAUCCGCAUUCAUCAUCUCCUCCACAGUCUCCCCUCGGCGCAACAUCGAGCACCCAGUCAGGAGGAGGAGGACAUUGAAGAGGGAGAGAACACAAGCACAACUCAGGACAACAGCUCUACAUCACCAACACUUAAAAACUCCAAAGACACUGAGAGGGAUGGCCAGGAAGAUGAAGAUGAGAUUACCCAGUCUCCAUCCCAGGUCCCAGAGUGCCCAGGUCCAUGCUGCUGUCGCUCCCUUCCACGUAGCCUCUCCAUUGAACGCCUCUCUGAACUCAACCAGCUCCUAGAAGGUGACGGCGGAGGUGGUGUGCAUCCAACCGUCAGAAGGAUCUCUCUCUCAUACCUGGAAAGCGAAGAAGGGGAUUCCAGUAGUGGAGUUGGGAAAAGAAAUACAGGGAGCAGCCAUAGAGUGAGGGGAGAAAAUGAGUGUGAAUUUUGUGACACUUCCUGCUACAGCACCUCCUGCUACAGCACGUCAUGUUACAGCACAUCAUGCUACAGUAACUCAGGCGAAGGCAGGGGCCGCAUCUGCAGCCAUACGCGCCUCUCUUCAGUGGAAAGCAACCGUCUCUCCGGCAGCACGGUGUUCUCCUCGCAGGACGAAGAGGAGGAUGAGAGCACCUUUGAGUCAGGGCCAGAUGUAAACAACUGUCCUGAAGGCCAGGAAGUGGGUGGGGCUGGUGGAGAGAGAAGGAGCGGACGAUGGAAGGAGCCAAUGGGAGAGGAGCAUGGAAUAUCAGCUAGGGCGGAGUCGCAGAGCACGAGCUCAGGGUUCUCACCUCCCGUUGGCCAUCCUCCAGUCCUUCUUCCCAGCCUUGACCUUAACCAUUUCCCUGCUGCCACUGACCAAGCCUUACCUCCAAACUGGGAAGCACGUGUCGACAGCCACGGCAGAGUGUUCUACGUCGACCAUGUCAAUCGAACCACGACAUGGCAGAGACCGAGUCACAGUGGCAAGUGUAACCAUGGGAUUCCUCGAUCAGGAUCCAGUCAACAGAUGGAGCAACUCAACAGAAGGUACCAGAACAUCCAAAGAACCAUGGCCACUGAAGAAGAAGGCAGCAGUCAGAGGUUAGAACGGGCUCCUAGUGUAGAGACAGACUCAGAUGUUCCCCCAUCAGCAACAGGUCCAGCAUCACCUGUAAAUCAUCAGAAGAUCAGCCAGCUUCUUCAAUCACCUGCUGUCAAGUUCAUAACACAUCCAGAAUUCUUCACUAUGUUGCACAGUAACUAUUCAGCUUACCGGAUGUUCACCAGCAGCAGUUGUGUGAAGCACAUGAUCCUGAAGGUGCGCCGUGAUGCCAAAAACUUUGAGCGCUACCAACAUAACCGGGACCUGGUAGUCUUCCUCAACAAAUUUGCAGACACUCAACUAGAGUUGCCACGGGGAUGGGAGAUUAAAACAGACCCCCAGGGCAAGUCUUUCUUUGUGGAUCACAACAGUCGAGCCACCACCUUUAUAGACCCUCGAAUCCCUCUUCAAAAUGGCCGACUACCAGGCCACCUCGCACAUCGACAGCACUUGCAAAGACUACGCAGCUACAGCGCAGGAGAGGCAUCUGAUGUGUCAAGGAGUCGCGGGGCUUCUCUCAUGGCCAGACCUGCCAACAGCCUGGUUGCUGCCAUACGAAGCCAGCAUCAUGGUGACCCUCAACACUCCACUGCUGCAUCGUACAAUGACAAGAUUGUGGCAUUCCUUCGACAACCAAACAUAUUUGACAUGUUGCAGGAGCGACAACCCAACCUGAACAGAAACUAUGCACUAAGGGAAAAAAUCCAUUACAUCCGGUCUGAAGGUAGCCAGGGUGUUGAGAAGCUGUCUUGUGAUGCAGACUUGGUCAUCCUGUUAAGUCUGUUCGAAGAGGAAAUUAUGUCAUAUAUUCCACCUCACCCCAUCCAUCCUGGUUUUAGUUUCUCCCCUCGCUGUUCCCCUGGCAACUCACCACAGAACUCUCCUGGCUUGCAGAGAGCCAGGGCGCCGGCCCCUUACCGUAGAGACUUUGAGGCCAAGCUGAGAAACUUUUACCGAAAAUUAGAAGCAAAGGGCUAUGGCCAGGGACCAGGAAAGAUUAAACUCCUGAUAAGGCGAGAACACCUGCUCGAGGGCACCUUCAACCAGGUGAUGGCAUAUUCCCGCAAAGAGCUCCAGAGGAACAAACUCUACGUGACGUUUCUGGGGGAGGAGGGGUUAGAUUACAGCGGACCCUCCAGAGAGUUUUUCUUCCUUUUGUCUCAGGAGUUGUUUAAUCCUUACUACGGCCUGUUUGAAUACUCGGCCAAUGAUACAUACACUGUUCAAAUUAGCCCCAUGUCGGCGUUUGUUGAAAACCAUCUAGAAUGGUUCCGUUUCAGUGGCCGCAUACUGGGCCUGGCUUUAAUCCAUCAAUACCUCCUUGAUGCUUUCUUCACCAGACCUUUCUACAAGGCAUUACUCAGGCUGCCAACAGAUCUUUCCGAUUUGGAGUAUCUGGAUGAAGAAUUCCACCAGUCGCUUCAGUGGAUGAAAGACAAUGACAUCACAGACAUACUGGACCUCACAUUCACAGUCAAUGAGGAGGUCUUUGGCCAGGUAACCGAACGAGAGUUGAAGUCUGGCGGGUCCAACCUACAAGUGACUGAAAAGAACAAAAAGGAUUACAUUGAGCGUAUGACAAAGUGGAGGGUGGAAAGAGGGGUGGUGCAACAGACAGAGGCACUGGUCAGAGGCUUCUAUGAGGUGGUCGACUCCAGGCUGGUAUCAGUGUUUGAUGCCAGGGAGCUGGAGCUGGUUAUUGCCGGAACUGUAGAGAUUGACCUCAGUGACUGGAGAAGCAAUACAGAGUAUAGAGGAGGUUACCAUGACGGCCACAUCGUAAUGCGAUGGUUCUGGGCUGCUGUUGAGCGUUUCAACAAUGAGCAGCGUCUGCGCCUCCUCCAGUUCGUAACCGGGACAUCAAGUGUACCGUACGAAGGCUUUGCCGCCCUGCGCGGAUCGAACGGCAUGCGACGCUUCUGCAUUGAGAAGUGGGGCAAAGUGACCUCUCUACCCAGGGCCCAUACCUGUUUUAACCGUCUCGACUUGCCUCCCUAUCCUUCGUACACGAUGUUGUACGACAAGCUGCUGACGGCUGUGGAGGAAACAAGCACAUUCGGUCUGGAGUGAGACGCGUCAAGCAAUCGACGAGGGCAAACGUCCUCUUGGAACAUUGAGCGGGGGCGUCACACGACGGGACGCAUCCUGGAUUCUGCCAUCGCGCAGACUUAGCAAAGAUGUCGGUGACGUGGAUGUACGUAAUGUAAAAUGAAUGUUAUGGUACUGUGUAGUAGUCUCACGUUUGAGGGUCUUUGCGACAGGAAGCAGCUCGCAUCAGUGUUAGGGGGAUGUAAAAUGGUUUUAAUUAUUAAACAAAACGCCAAAAUGCACGUACCCAGACGCAAAUAGCAACAAAUAUAGCUUCUAUAUAAAAAAAAAAAAAUCAACAACUUAACAUCUUGUUUAGAAUGCCACUUUUAAGUUUUCUUUUAUGAAUUCUUAGUUCUGUUACUUAAAUAUUGAAAAGCAGUUGAAAGCGAAUGAAAUGUGAUUAGAUACGUACUGUAUAUCAGUUACCAUGACAAAAUAAUGUGUUACAUGCUCAGGUACAUGACUGGACAUGGCUAUUUAAAAAAAUGGACGCCAAAGAAACAAUCACACCUGGUAUUUAAUGUAGGAUUUCUUGAAAGCCAAGACUUGGGAGUGACCAGUGCAAGUUUACAAUCAAAUCUUCAAUGAUAUAUUAAUAUAACAGUAAAUAAAAACAUAUUAUCUAUUAUAUAAUUUAGAUUUAGAGUUAAUGAAAGCACUUCAAUUGACCAAGAACGAGGUAAUUAUAUUUGACAAAAAUCUUAAUCGUUGUGAGUCUGGAAAGAUAAGCCACCAAUAUACAAAGAAUUUAAGGAAGCCAUUUUCCCUCUUGUUAUGCAAUUUUGAUAAGUUGGAAUACUUUUAAAGCAUUUUACAAUGGGUUAUGGCAGUAUUGUAAUCAUUUAGGGCGCUUUCACACUAGCACUGUUUGGUCUGUUUCGAAUGGACCAGAGUUCUUUUUCGCAGAUUGUCCACUUCGUUUUGUAAAUGUGAACGCGCAAAUGACCAAACAAAUGAACUCUGAUCCGCUCAAAAUUCGUGGGUCUCGGUCCGCUUUAAGCGCACCCUGCUUUGCUUGUGAAUGCUCCAGGCUGUGGCGCUACACGCAGGGCAGCCUUGGAAGCGCAAGUACAGCGCGCAUGCUAUUCAAAAUCAACAAUGGCAAGAUGACAGACUAUUAAACAUGGCCAAAUGUGUGUUGCUGCGCUAAAGCAGAUCUUUUUGGUACACAGAAUCGGGUUCUAAUGUGGCGCUGUGUUUUGCAUCCUGUUCCUGAACGGACUGUGUGAGUGUGACAAUGGCUAAGACAGGCGGACCCUCUGGGGGCGGCCGUUUUAUGAGUCUCACUCUCCUGGAAGCGGCGACAAUUUUGUUCAAAAAGAUACGAAAGUGAGAGCUAUCGCGCCUUUGUGACUUGGGGUACCACGCAGUUCCGUAUCGUGGUUUAAUUUCCCCCUAUGCAUUUUUUAUAUACUCCAGUUCGCUCGGCAUAGAGUCGGGAGGGAGCGACCCGGCCGCUGGCCGAGCGAUAGGGUUGGGCAUCAAGAAUUGAUGGGAUCUGGGACUAACACUCAGGCUCUCCCGGAACCGUUCAAAUUUUUAAAAUUUCGAUUCCAGGUUUCGAUGCCCUGACCGCAGACCGGAAAAAAAUAGCUGCGGAACACCACGAAGAAGCAGCCACAUAAAGACUAGCUCUGUUAUGAGCAAAUCUAAUGAAGUAGCUAAUUUAGCAUUGCAGAAUAACGUGUUGCUUCGCUUUACAUAAAUGAAAACAAAGUAACAGAAUAAACACACCGAACUAUCAGACCCUCUGUUAAAACGUGCAAACGUAUAGAUUUUGUUUUAUCAAGGGUUCCCAAUGAUGUGUAGUGCAGAAGAGGUGUGUAGCGUCUGUACACCUCAAGGAUUCUUUUCCAACUAAAGUAUUAAGUUCUUUUUGCCUGCUGCGUCCAGUAAGUCACCACUAGGGGAAGCCAAGUGUACAUAGCAAAACCAAAGAAAAACUGUGGUUACAAUAGUGAAAUCUUGUGGACGGAUAAACAAUAUAAGUUUAGAAAGAAAUCAAAUUUAAAAAUUACCAUAUUUUUGGUAAGUUUAAGUCACACCUGAGUAUAAGUCGCACCAGCCCAAAAAUGCACAACAAAGAGGAAAAAAAAACAUAAUUCGCACUUGAGUAUAAGUCGCAUUUUUUAGGGAAAUUCACUUGAUAAAAUCCAACACAUAGGAGAAAUAUGUCAUCUUGAAAGGCAAUUUAAAAUAGAAAUACAAUAGAGAACAACAUGCUGAAUAAGUGUACUGUAUGAUAAUGUUGCGUGAUGCAUGAACAACGAAAUGCGAACGUGGCCGGUAUGUUAACGUAACAUAGCUAUUAAGCGUUAUUCAGAUAACUAUAGCAUAAAGAACAUGCUAACAAGUUUACCAAACCAUCAGUGCCACUCCAAAACACAGAAAUAACAUUUGAAAUGAUAUAAUAAUGUAUUAUUAAUUUCACACAUAAGUUGCUCCAGAGUAUAAGUCGCAUACCCAGCCUAAACUAUGAAAAAAUACUGCGACCUAUAGUCAGAAAAUACGGUAGUAAAUUCAAGAUCAAGGGACAGAACACUCGCCGCAUGUCAGCCCUUAACUAACUUGUAGAAAUACCACUUAAAACAAACAAUGCAAUAAAUGCCUCCAGCAUAAGACACUCUAAAACAUAGGCAAAAGAAUAUUGUAAAUGUUUUCUCCGUGAGCUUUAGAAAAAUAAACAUCUUUGUGAAAGUGCACUCCUGUAGAAAGAAACCAUCAUAUUCAAGUUAAAGAUAGCCCCGUGAGAAAAUCGUACCCAAUAUAAUUGAAAGUUUGUAUAAUUAAAAAAAAAAAAUAAUCGAGAAGACAUUAAUAUAAACCAUACAAUUUUUUUGACCACCUACUAAAGCAGUGGUGUCAAACCGAUUCCACAAAGGGCCACAAUGGGUCCUGGUCCUUGUUCCAACAGAUCCGGCAUAGACGGUUCAACCAAUUAGGUUUCUGCUAAAAUAGGCAGCACCUGACUGUAAUCAACUGAUUGCACUUGUAAGACACCUGAUUGGUGAAAAGGUAUUCAUCUCGUUUGGCUGGAAUUAAAUCCAGUACCCACUGCGGCCCUUUGAGGACCGGUUUGACACAUGUGUACUAAAGCAUCGGAAUCGUUUAGAACCGGAAUCGAAACCGUUCAAAUUCAAACGAUGCCCAACCCUGCCGAGCGGCGAUUUAAUUUAUGCUACAUUACGUGCACGCUCCCUCCCAGGAGGGAGAUAUUUCCUCCUCUAUUUGUCCAAUCAAUGAGUGCGCCUUUCGUCCACUUGAUGAUACUCGGAAAAUUCGGUUGGUGCAGUGUGAAAGCUAAACCUUUCAACAAGUCAUUAGCAAGUGUUGUAGCGAGGUAGCUCUCCAACCGGACCCUUGUCCUCUUUGUCUAAUGUGAAAGCGUCCUUAAGUAAUGAAGAGGAAGAACAAAUCCCAAUUAAAAAAGACCUAAUGUCAAGCAAGUCUGUUUUCAAAGAGAAAACAAUUAUUAUUUUUAUCAUUUUUGACUUGCUAAUGCCAGGUUUUCCUUUGGAAGUUCCUGUUGCAUGUGUGUUUUAGGGCAGAAAAAAUACCAACCUCGAGUAAACUAAUUCUAAUAAAAUACUCUCUAAUAAAGUAGCUUCCUUAAGUAGCUGACCUCUUUUCAUACAUAGCUCUAAUUUAAAAUUUGAAUGCAUUUAAAUGAUACACAGAUGAUUAAAAAAAAAUAAAAAAUAAAAAAGUCCUUCACACCCAAGAGGGUAAAUAUGAUUCUGUUGCAAAUACUUUUUUUGCUACCAAUUUUUUUUGUACUGUUAUUUCUACGGUAUUCUUAUUCAAGGAGUUUACUUGAAGCUUGCUCCGAAUGUUGAGUUUAUUCACAAUUUUUUUACUACAACAGCCUGCCUUCAUUUUGAAGCCUUUACAUUUUGAUAUUUAUGGCUUUUUUUAUUAUUAAUGUAGCUCACUUGUUAUGAUCUGUUUUUGUCCAUUCAAACCAUCCACAAAUUCUUCCGUUUGACAGCUAAUUUGUCGGGUUUUUCACCUCAUUAAUGCGCGGCACGUAACAAGCAAGUUUCUCGUGUUUUUGAUAGUUUGACAACAAAUUCUUUGUUUUUCCACAAACGUUAUUGAUAUGAAUACUGAUAUUUAAUGGUGGUAAAUAUUACCCUUUUGAAAAUAUUAAAAUACGCUUUUGGAAAGGAGUGGUUUGUCAAUGUUGCAAAUGGUGGUGUCAGGUCAUGUUUUGCAGGGGGCUGAAUACUGAGGCAUGCAUUUUGUGUGUACAUUUAUUUUCGUGCUAUUUACAUAUGUAGAUAAAUGUUUAAAAGUACAGUUUUAUUUAUUUUAACUAAAUGCUCAGGCAGUCCCUUCAAAACCACAAUUUCACUGUCUAUGAAUCUGUUAAUUUGCUGAAAUUGACAACCGGUAUGUUGUAUGACGUGACAGUGUUGGCACUGUUGUCUAAAUUAUGAUUAAAAAAAUAUGUGAAAAGCAUGAGCUUGUGUUGUUGUUUUUUUUUUUUUAAACAGUCGUCAUGAAAUGAUGAAAAGUUUGCAGAUACUUUUCAUGACUCUGUAUUACAGCGCUUACAAGGAACUCAAAGACUCCAGUUGCUUUCACGUUUUUAUUUUUUUCUAUUCUUAUACAAUUUUAUACAUAAUAUACUAAUUUAUACAAGAAUUCACAUAUUGACAAGUCUUAUUUGAUAAAUGGAGCAACAGCAUCUAGGCAGCAUGCUGUGCAGAUGCAGGAAAACAAAAAAUCCAUACUCUGACAUAAAAUCUGUGUUUAAAGAAAAAUACACUUAAUCAAAAGCCUCUUUUUUACUUUUCAGACACAAAAAUGCACUCCAAAAAACAAAAAAAAAUCUCAAACUUGAAGAUGAUGCAUUCAGUACUGAAAAGUCACCCCACACAAGCAACACAUGAUCAGAAAAAAAAAACACACAAAAGAGUAUCACGAGCAUCAACUCAGCAGAAAAAGCUUUGAUAUGUGACUUGAUAUGUUCUGAUAAGACAUAAAAUAAAAUGUGAAUGUGCUGCUACUUAUUUGUUCACAUUUUCAGUUAAAGGCCUUUAAAAUACCGCCACCGCCACUGAGAACACUUAUAAACCCAUGCGUUUUUGCACUUUUUGU